CUUUUCGCUAUGCGCUUGUGAAAUAAUGGUCGCCUUGACUAAACGCAUUGCUGACAACUUAACGCUGACGUACGAAGUGUUUACGAGCUCGAUAUGUUAUUUGUAUAUGAACGUCAAUUUUUUGAUAGUAUAUAUAUAUAUAUGCUCUUCGUAUGUGACUAUGUAAUGUGUACUUUUUGAAAAUGCAUAUAUACAUCGUUCCAAGUGAAAAAAAUUAAUGAAAAUACAUUUGUGCGCUUACAUAUAAGGAAACUGUGAAACGCAUAGAUUUAUUAAUUCGGUUGCAAUUUCUGCAUAUUCUAAGCCUUAUUAAAAAUAUGUAUGAACAUAGAAAAUCUAAACAAGAAAAUGAAAAAACACAAUACGAUGAACAAGCAAAAAAACUGAAGGUUAAGGAUCCUUCAAAAACUAGUAAAAGAAAGAAACAUGUUGAAAAAACUGAAGAAAAACAAUCGAUGUUUAUUUUAAGUUUAGAUCCAUAUGAAAAACCAUUGAAAUGGUGGGAAACCGAGCACGUAAAAUACGCUAUAAGUUACAAACCUGUAAAAUUACGAGUGGAAGGAUUGAUGGGAAGUCAUAUAAUACAUUUAACAGAUCGACAAUACAUGACUACUUUUGUAGAAAAUAUUCGAAAUAAUUAUAGACACAAACAACUAAGUAGAAUUGAAAAAAGAAAGGAAUGGGUUGAGACGAUGUUUGGAUCAUUUAUUUUGGAAGAUAAUAUAUAGAUCAGUAAAAAAUAUAUAAC